CAACUGAAUAACGUUAGAAGUACAUUUUGGAGAACAAAAAUAGACCAUGGAACGACCUGAAAUUAGCAAUGGACAUUGAAGAACAUGCCAGAAGAUGGCAGUAAUGAGUCGGUAAAAAAAGUAAAAUACCUUAAAUCCUCAACGAAGAAGAACCGCACUGCGCAUGAACACUCGGGUCAAACAAUAAGCACAUAGCUAUGCCAGUUAGUGUAGUUUCUACUCAUUACGCAGCAUGGCUCUAGUUCCGUACGUAGAGAAUCCGCUACCCGCUCUUUCAAAACUCCACAAUUCAUCAGCACAGUUUCGGUUCGCCGACCACGACCUCCGUCUCGCCCAGGACUGGAAGAAGCUCGGGGUGGCAGCAGUUGUGUGGGAUGCGGCAGUCGUCAUGUGCAUGUACCUGGAGAUGGGGAAGUUGGAGUUAAAGGGGAAAGGGGUCAUUGAACUGGGAGCUGGCACUGGACUGGUGGGCAUCGUUGCAGCCCUGAUGGGUGCCAAAGUGACCAUCACUGACAGAGAGCCUGCCCUGGACUUCCUUUCUGCCAACGUGAAGGCCAACCUGCCCACGGACUCCCAGGGGUCCGUGGUCGUGUCUGAGCUGAGCUGGGGCGAGGGCCUUGAACGUUACCCGGCCGGGGGAUUCGAUCUGGUGCUGGGGGCAGACAUCGUGUACCUGGAGGACACCUUUGUGCCGCUGCUGCAGACUCUGGAGCACCUGUGUUCGGACACCACCGUGGUGUUCCUGGCCUGCAAGAUCCGCUACAAGCGGGAUACAAACUUCUUGAGCAUGCUGAGGCAGCGGUUCAGGGUCGAAGAGGUCUACUAUGAGAAACAAAGGGACAUCCAUGUGUAUAAAUCCUGUAAACUGCCCCCCAGAGAGGAUUUGUGACAACUGGGUGUCCUAACCAUUCAGUUUGACUGGCUUCUUAUUUGUAAUAAUUUAGUUUUUUUUGUUUGCAUAUGAAUCAAAUAAAAAUGUUUUAACAAACAUCAAAGAUUACCAGAAACACAUUUAUUAACAGCUGCCAAAAAUGUAAUAUUUGAAUAGCUCUAACCCAAUGCACUGUACAAGUUGGUGCUGACAUUUAGAAAUUGUGAAUACAAAAUUAAUGAAAAGCAACAUAAAAAAAAAAAAAAAAAAAAAAAGCAUACUGUCAUGACUAUAUAUAGAAUCCCUAAAAACAAUACAUGGCAUUCCACUAUGAUGAAGAUAGUUUUGCUCACUGUGAAGUCUUUUUUGAUUUGGUCACAACCGAGUUGUACUUGGUGAGAUUUGACACCAAUACCGUUGAAAAGUAAAAUCUUAGAGGCACCUUGUAACAGCAGGCGUUGCCUCUAUGUGGUGCAUGAGAUCUUUAAACCGUGUGCGGUGUGGUAGGAUUGUGUGUGCAAGGAAAGUGCGCAUGGAACUUUGUAAUCCUAUAAACGGAAUUUGGAGACUCCACUACAUAUCCUGAUACCUCAGAAUACAAAACUGCAGGAACUGUGUUGACGUUCCGUUCACCAAAAUACCAUGAUUCCAGUGACGGGGCCGUGCGUCUCCAAAAUCUGCCAAAAAAUAUGGAGACAAAGUAUUUCUUUCAUUGCCAAACAUGUAAGGCUCAUUAUUUUUGUUCUUCAUUCAAAAAGAAUACAGGAAUGAAUCAGAUUUAUUUAAAAAAAUGGAUUUUAAAAAUCCAUAAUACAAAAAUGUGAGUGAAAAUAUUUUUUUUUUUUUUACACAAACUCUGUAGCUUAACCAUUUUUGUUUCCAUAGUCUGAUGCAUGAGCACAAUUUUGUUUGCUUAUAAUCAAAUGUUUCAUUUGCUGUACCGAAUGUUUAGUUUUUCCAUUUGAAGCUUCUGUUGCUAAAUGCCUACAAAUAGAUUGUAGAAGAAUAUUUAGUGAAAUGUUUCGAUCACAGUCCACCACUGGAACUUAAUAGAAUACUGAUAUUAGUAGUGUCGCAAUCUUUAUCUGCAGCUGUGCAAAUAGACCAGGUUUAAACAGAAUGAACAGAUGUUAUGAAU